UGUUUACUUUCACAUUCUUAUGUGAACAUUCAAGCUUUUUUUUUUUUUAAUUUCAUUUACUACCAUUUACAUAACCCCAUUUUGAUGAACUAUAUCUCUCGAGUUUUGCCACUUCUAUUACAACAUUCAUCAUAUAAUCUUUGUCGGGUGGUUUUUUUCCUUGUCACGUUCUAACUUCGAUUGUUUCUCAACAAAAAAAAAAAUAUAAAAUAGUAAAUCAUUAUUUUAUGGUAUAGAGUGAAAGAAUGUGAAUGUUUGGAAUAGUGUGUAGAGUUGCUGACGUACAAGAAAUGGAUGGUUUUCGAUUAGAUCAGGAAGAAGGAGCUACAACAGCAGGGGGAGGAAAGGAGACUGAAGAAUCUUCUUGGUCAUCAAAUCCACAAGUUCAGGCUCAACAUAGGCGUUCUAAGAGUGCGUCGGACAGAAAUCUCGAUGUUUUAAGAGGCAGAGUUUCGCGUCCAGUGAAGAAAGAGCAAAAUUUGCAGGCAUCUCCAUUAUCAACAAGGGCUUCUAGGACUCGAAGUCCUCUUCAUGAUUGCUCUGCUUAUGGCAACAAGAAUAUUUCAGUGAACCAACGAGCCUCUUUGGAGAAAGAUAUAGAACUACUGCAAUUACGUUUGCAACAAGAAAAAUCUAUGCGACUUAUGCUUGAAAGAGCAAUGGGGCGGGCUUCAAGCACUCUAUCACCGGGGCAUAGGCAUUUUGCUACACAGACAAAGGAAUUGAUUGCGGAGAUCGAGUUACUUGAAGAAGAGGUUGCAAACCGUGAGCAACAUGUACUUUCUCUCUAUAGGAGUGUUUUUGACCAGUGUGUUAGUCGGCAACCUUCUGAGCAGAGUUCAGGCAAGGCAUCUCCUGCCCAUAUGAAGCAUGCAUCAAGGAAACACCCCAGUGUUAUUUCAAGUGCAUUUUGUUCUUCAAAAAAGUUCCCUUUGAAACCUUGGCAAGCUCUAGUUUCCACAAAUGAUUCUGGGAAAAGAAUCUCUAGAAGUAUUGAUGCUUCACAGUUCUGUGGAAAAAACGACAUUCUAUUUGACAAGACAUCUUCACACUGUGUUAAGGCUCAUGAAAAAGUUCAAGGUAUGGAAAAAUCCUCAGUGCUGCGAACCCUGAAAGAUCAUCUAUACCAGUGUCCAAGCAAGUUGUCGGAGGAGAUGGUCAGAUGUAUGGCAGCUGUAUAUUGCGGGCUUCGUGGUGCAACGUCUCCAAGUUCCAACAAAAACCAGUCACCUUUAUUGUCAAGGUCAUCAACUAAUGUUGUACUUCCUAGACGUGGCGCCGGAGACGACCAGGAUUUCUCUUGCACGUCUGAUAUUGAAAUAUCUUGGAUAUCAACUAAUACGAACCAAUUUUCUAGAUCAUCUUAUGCCAUCAGUAACUACAGAGCUCUAGUAGAACAACUAGAAAAAGUGACAGUGAAUCAGAUGGAAUUUAAUGCCCAAAUUGCAUUUUGGAUCAAUGUGUACAAUGCCCUUGUUAUGCAUGCAUAUUUAGCAUAUGGAAUUCCCCAUGGUUCUUUAAGACGGUUAGCCUUGUUUCACAAGGCUUCAUACAACAUUGGUGGCCAUAUCAUAACUGCAAAUGCCAUAGAGCAGUCAAUAUUUUGCUUCCGUACACCUCGAAUCGGGCGGUGGCUAGAGACAAUCCUCUCCACAGCAUUAAGGAAAAAAUCUGGUGAAGAAAGGCAAAUUAUCAGUUCAAAUUUUGGUCUUCCAUAUGCCCAACCACUUGCUUGCUUUGCUCUCAGUACUGGAGCUUUUUCUGAUCCUGUGCUAAAAGUUUACACAGCAUCAAAUGUUAAAGAAGAGUUAGAAGCUGCAAAAAGAGACUUCCUUCAAGCAAAUGUAGUUGUUAAGAAGUCAAAGAAAGUAUUCCUACCCAGAGUUCUUGAAAGAUUUGCUAAAGAAGCCUCCAUCAACUCAGACGAUCUCUUGAACUGGGUUCUUGAAAAUGUCGACAAAAAGCUCCACAAUUCAAUACAGAAAUGUAUGGACGGCAAAUCCAAGAAGAAACCAUCACAUUGCAUUGACUGGUUGCCUUACAGUUCAAGGUUCAGGUAUAUUUUCUCAAAGGAUCUAACGGAGAAGCCAUGGUGGGUGUGACUGAGUUCGACUCUACACGAAUUUAACUACGAUGGUUCUCGACAUAUUUUGUAGACGAUGAAACGUAAGAGGUAUCGCUCAUCUUUACGUGUAAUUCAAUGUCAAAUUCAUUGUACAUCCUAAUCUCAUAUCACUUACCAUAUAUUCUUGUGAGAUUAAUACCUUUGCAAAAGUAAUGCAUUUAACUUAAUGAGUACAUUACAAUUCCUAAUUGUUUUGAGGCUGUAAUAAGCCUUGAAAUUCGCUGUGAUUGGUGUUAUUAGUUUGAAUGUAAUCUACUUUGUGUUUUUUUUAAACAGUAGGGGUUGUAGAGAUUUUGAAUCUGGGACCAUGACUGUGGAAAAUUUAAACAUUAGUUGUUUGCCACUUCA